CUCUAAAAGAAGGGGGUUGGUGUGAGGUAUCAUGGAGGAUCAGUUAGCGGUCAUCAGCCAUUGAAGAAAGCUAAGCGGUGUGCUCGAGCGCUUCAGUUUUUUAAGUAUUUUAAGUGGCGUCUCAGGUGUUUUUAGACUUUAUUUUUUAACUUAUCUUUCGGAAUGGAGAUGAAAAAGAGAAUCAGUUUGGAACUCAGGAACAGGACUCCAGAGGAGGUGGUGGAGUUGGUGGUGGACAACUGCCGGUCCAGCGAUGGAGAGGUGGAGGGAUUGACGGACAACUUCAAGGUGCUGGAGUUCCUCAGCAUGGUCAAUGUGGGCUUGACAUCCCUGGCCAAGAUGCCAUCGCUGCCCAAGCUACGCAAGUUGGAGCUCAGUGACAACAGCAUUUCAGGCGGCCUGGAGACUCUGUCGGAGAAGUGUCCCAACCUGACCUACCUGAACCUGAGUGGGAACAAAAUCAAGGACCUGAGCAUGGUGGAAGCCUUGCAAAACUUGAAGAACCUGAAGAGUUUGGACCUGUUCAACUGUGAGAUCACCACCCUCGAGGAAUACCGCGAGAGCAUUUUUGAACUCCUUCCCCAGCUCGCCUACCUGGAUGGCUUUGACCAAGAAGACAAUGAGGCACCUGACUCUGAGGACGAUGGCGAAGAUGAGGAUGAUGCCGAAGGAGCUGAUGCCACAGGUGACUAUGAUGAGGAAGAUGGAGAUGAAGAGGGCUCAGAAGGUGGUGAGGUUGGGCUCUCUUACCUGAUGAAGGAUGAAAUCCAAGAUGAAGAAGAUGACGAUGACUAUGUGGAAGAAGAAGGAGAGGAGGAAGAAGAAGAGGAUGCAGAUGGAGGUGUCCAGGGAGUGAAGCGGAAACGGGAUCCUGAGGAUGACAGAGAGGAUGAUGAUGAUGAAGAUGAUUAGACUUGUCCAACCCGACGACCAGGAUCCUGAACUAAGCUGUAGAACAACCAUGAAAGUGUGAUCUUUUUUAUUUUUUUACCCCUUUGUAUACUGUAGGUAUCACUGUAGUUGUUUGUUUUAAUAAUUUUUUUUUUUUUUUUUUUUUUUAAAGAAAAAAGACUGUUCAUCAUUCCAAAUUUAUUUCCCCGUCCUCAAUAUGUUGCUACUGUGGAGUGACCCGGAGGAGAUGUUGGCUUUUUAGACGGCACACUGGAGGCUCACUGGUGCGAAGGAUUUUCAGGAUCAUUUUGAGUGUGAUGAUUUUGAAGAUUAAAGGCACUGUAAUUUUGUGUGUCUUGUUUGCUCAUUAAAUUCCACAGCAUUGAUGGUUGUCCAGCUCUGAAGAUGAUGGAGAUCUGGGUGCAGUUCUUUUGCUCUAAGCUACCCCCCUCAUCUUUCCUACAACCUCAGGCUAGUCGCACUGUCUGCAUCAGUGCUGAGCUGUGGCUUUUGUGUCUGUGAGAGGUGCAGCAUGGCAGUCCCUGGAGGAGCACGUGGCUGGAGAAAUCACCCUUUCGACUCCGAAACCUGCCUCCAGACGAUCACCUUGCGCUGUUUUCUACAUGCCGACGAUUAUUCCCCUCCCUCGUGUUUCUGUACUAGACAGUCGACUUGCGCCAAACACCCCCCCUCUGGUGUAGAUGGACACCCUUCCUGUCUAAUGGACUCGUCGUAGGGGUUGGGAACGGGUUCGGUAGGCAGAUUAGGGAGACUGAGGCUUCUAUUAGGAGUUAUACUGGAAAUGUGAAGGUUUCACACCUGGAGGAAGCCAUUCCAGCACUGAAACCAACCAUCUCUUUCUAAUGGACCGGAUCCAUUAGAUCCACUGGACCUCCAGAACCACGGCUGGUCAGUUUGUCCUUAUGCAGCGUGUGUUCACUGUAAGUAGUACAUUUUUAUACAUGUUCACUGAGUCAUUUUUAGAAAAUUGAUAAUGAAUUCAAUGGUCAGUCAAGGCACAAACCACAUGGAAGUAGAAUCAGACCUGUAAGAACCUUUUCGCUUAUAAGUUGUUUAGGUUUCUCUUUCUUUGGUAUUUUACAGAGUGCUAUCGUCAUUUGAUUCGUUUAUGGCAAUAUGUACAUAGUUUUGUGUUCAGAUUGGAGUUUUGUGUAAUUUUUUUUUUUUUUUUUACUUGGAAUUUUUUGUCAGUUUUACUAAGCACAGGUCAGAAGCUGACACUUUGACACAGGUAACACUCAGUGUCUAGUUUAUUUUUGUCUUUUGGCUGUUGUGACAGUUUUGUGUUUGGCAGUUGUGUGCUGUUCACUUUUU